AUGAACAGCGGUGAGAAGCAUCGAGAAGAGCAAGAUAAUCGGAUAGAAAAUGGUGGAAGCGGUAGAAGACGAGAGACAGUCAAGGAUAUCUAUGGAGUUACUGACAACCCCAACACCACCACCACUGCCGGCGAACGCAAUUCUAUUCAACAAGCCGCCGCCGCCGCCCGCCCUCUACCUGACAAAACCAUGGUGAAUGUUUUUCCGGCAGACAACGAAUGCGGUAAUGGUGUUGAUGGCUUGAAUCCCCAUGCGUCUUCUUCACCGACCGUUAGCGAUGAAAAAUCGCCGUCUCCGGCAGUUUCUGGUCAUUGUUCCGGGAAGUCAGCGGCGGAUAUGAGGGAGGAAGACGAUUUCUAUCAAAAGCUCAACAAGAUCAAUGAACCCUCUGGUCUUAGCUUAUUAUUUAAUUUACGUAACACGAGCAUUGACUUGUAUGAGUUCUACAAAAUUGUGAUUGAUAGAGGCGGGUAUCAUCACGUCAUGAAAGAAGGAAAAUGGGUAGAAGUUGCAUAUUUUGCAACUCGAAAAGAAAAAAGCCGAUUGACACCAACUCAACUUCAGAAUCUAUACGCAGCCAUUCUUUACCCCUUUGAGCAAACUUAUUUUUACCGCAGUCCAGUAAAACUCAAUAAAAAGCCACGUAUAAUCAUGCCUACCACGCAAGUGUGUACGUUUGAAGAAAAGAAACCCACUAGAGUAAAAAAAAUAAGGAAAGACCCACGGGCCCCACUGGGGUCAAGAAACUGUUAUCAGAUGUUUCUUAAAAUGGAAUGUGAUAGGCUAAAGAGUAUACAUGGAGGUACCCCAUCUGCGAAGCUCCGAGAUAGUAUUGUUGAAGCAUGGAUGAACCUCUCUAAUGAGGACAAACUGCCAUAUAUCGAGGCAAGUAAGAAGGACAAGGAGCGGUAUAGGAAAGAGAUGGAGGCAUAUGAGGAACAAAUGAAGAAAGAAAUGGUGGUAUACGAUGAGCACAAAAGAAACCAACAAUGAUGGAAUUGAACAAGGGUCAAAUGUAUUAAUAUUGCAAAUGAAUUUUGGGUUGAUAACGAAUGCACAACCAAAUGAACUUGCUUUUUGGAUUGACAUAAUGAUUAGUUAGGAGGAUUGUUUGACCUUGA